CUUUUCUACAACGAACAACAACUAGUUUCGUUUCUUGGGGUAUUUUUGUCAACGAAAUUCGUUUAUACUGCUUCUCCCUCACAAUGCACACAAUGCUACUGUAACAAGUCAAUGGUUGCCUUGAUAUUACAAAUUGUAUUACUUUGGAUACUAGACAAUGGAGGUCCCCGGGAAAAAACUGCUGCUAAAAACAUCUGCUGUUGACACAACCUACUGCCAGCCCUGCUUCAAGGAUGGGGACAACCUUCCUGCUGAUGCAUACUGUACUGUUUGUAAAGAGUUCCUCUGUUCAAACUGCGCAAGUGUACACAAGAAACUGAAAAUAUCUAGAUCACAUGCACUCCUUGACAAAUUCAGCAUGCCUACUUCAAUGAGUGGCGAUGACGAUGAAUACAUAGAAUGGUGUGAGAUCCAUCCAAAAGAGUUCAUCAAAUACUUCUGCCCCACUCACCAGACCCUGAAUUGUGGACACUGUGUAGUGCAAAACCAUCGAUCAUGCCAUGUUGAUGUCAUCUCAGAUCUAUCCCAAGCCUUUAAGGAUGGUCCAGAGUAUUGCGACAUUGAUAAAGCAAUUGCUAAGUUAUUUAAAGACAUUGAUAAGUGUGUUUCUGACGUUGAGAAGAACAAGACGUUAAUAGCAGAGAUGAGUGAAUGUGAGGUUUCUAAACUUAGGAGAUGUCGAGAUGAGGUCAAUAAAUACUUCGAGGAAAGAGAAAAUGCACUCCUGGGGAUUAUUGACCAGAUGAAGAAUAUCGAUGAAGCAUUGCUGGACAACCUAAGGCCAAAAUGUGAUAACCUGAAGACUGAGGUAGAAGAAAUAAAGAAACACCUUAAAACACAAGAAAACAACACAAUCCAGUUGUUUAUAAAGGCGAAACGGGCCAAACAACUUUUAGAAAUAACACAGACCGCUCUUGCGGAAAUCAACAAGAAGAAUACCAUUCACCAAUACAGAUUCAAUAUCGAUUCGGCCACAGAGAGGCUGAUGGAAUCCAAUACCGGCCUUGGCAUUGUGGAGAAAGAAGUCAUUGAUACCCAAAAUGCACUAGGGAUGCAGAUCGAAUCGGAUGUUGAUUUGACAGAACUGAAGCUUAUUCGCGCUGCAUCCAUUCCGGUCAAGUCCCCAAUUGACACCAGGGACUGCUUCAUCUCCAGCAUGCUCCUCUUGCCGAUGAACAUGCUACUGCUAGCUGACUGGCACAACGACACAUUAAAGCUGGUUGACCUACAGACCAGCUCCAUGGUGUCCCAUGUCAGUGUGCCAGGUAAGCCUUGGGGGAUGUGUCUACUCCCCGGGGAUAGGGUGGCUGUUACCAUGGAAACUAUUAUCCAGUUUCUGGAGACUAAAGGACAACUUACUCUUAGUGAUUCUAUCAAGGUAGAUGAUGACUGUAGAGGCAUCGCCCACCAUGACGGAAGUUUAAUAGUGUCUUACUUUUCUGGAAAACUACAGAUACUUAACAUGAAAGGGGGCGUUAUCAGAAAGACCGAAAAGUAUAUGAAUGGUCAGCAAGUGCUCGUUAGUCCUUUCCACCUAAUAGUGGCCAGAGCAAGUCAGACUGCCUUCGUCUAUGUUUCAGAUAUUGAAAUGAACACCAUCACAAAGCUUGACAUGAACCUAAACUUCCUCCAGACGUUCAGGGACCCUGCAUUGAAAGGGCCAAUGGGCAUUUCAGUAUUUGCGAACCAGCUGAUUAUCUGUUGUGUCAAACGUAACAACAUUAUAUGCAUAAACCUAUCCAGUGGCAAGAUGAGCCAGUUGCAUGUGGAAGAUGACGUAAUACCAGAUCCAGAAUAUUGUGUCUACAGUCCACUCCAGAAAAAGCUCUAUGUCACCUUUAAUAAGCAUGGACAUGCUAACCACGCGGAAAAUUCAGUGAAAGUGUACAAUGCAAUAGAAUAAUAACAGCCAUUUGGACAAACCAUUUUGUAAUAUCUGAAUAAAUUGGUUGUUAAAAUAUGUUUUCCAUUGCCAUCUUCUAUCUUAGAAUGUUGUCUUGGGGGAAUUACUCAAGGUCGCCACAGUAUGUGUGUGGUAAGCGGGCAACUUCCCACAGCUUCCAAAGCAUUGUAAUUUAAAAAAUAUUAUUACUGAGUGAUGUACCUAUAAACUUCCUCAGUCUGAAAAAAUGUACACGAUAUGCAUUUACAUGGAAUGCUUAGACUCUAUCUCUUUCUUUCUUCAUUUAUAUGUUUACUUCGUUUAAUGUUUAAAUUACAAUAUUACUAUAAUAAUGGUAUUUCUAGAUGGUAUUUUCUUGAUAUUCAGCUGAUCUGUAUAAACGCCUUUAAAAUGGUGCUCUACAAUAUGUAUUAUGUGAAGAUUGAAUUAAUUGUUGACUGUUAACAGGUAAAAAGGCCCGGAUACGAAGAAUUUUUUUGAAAUCUUUAUUUGUUCCGAUUCCAACAUAGUUUGACAAUUAUUUGACUGUAAAAUAAUAAUAAGUUAUGGUUACAAGGCA